UGCACUGUGCCCGCUCCCACGCCGCCUGGCGUCACUUCCGGCCGGGCAGUAGUAGUGCGCCGCCUCUGAGAGACACGGUCCGAGCAGUAGUAGCAGCGAGGAUGGACGUCACGGGCCCCGAGAGUGACUGGCGCAGCGCAGGGUUCCGGCAGAAGCUGGUCAGCCAGAUUGAUGAAGCCAUGCGAAAAGCUGGGGUCGCUCACAACAAAUCUAGCAAGGAGAUGGAAAGUCAUGUAUUUCUGAAAGCUAAAACACGUGAGGAGUACCUGUCUUUGGUGGCCAGACUCAUUAUUCACUUUCGAGAUAUCCAUAACAAGAAAUCCCUGGCAUCUGUAAGUGAUCCCAUGAAUGCCCUACAGAACUUGACAGGCGCAGCUCCAGUUGGUGCACAAGGAAUGCCAAUGGGGGUCCGUCCACCUGGACCCCAAAUGGGAGGCAUCAGUGGAAUGGCACAAAUGGCCCAACAAAUGAGCCUUCCUGGUCAGCCACAGCCUGGUGCUUCGGGUAUGCAGCCACAUGGGAUAUCUGGUGUAUCAACAGGAAAUCAGCCUACUCAGCUGCAGCUCCAACAAAUUGCACAACAGCAGCAACAGCAGUUUCAACAGCAACAAGCAGCCUUACAACAGCAGCAGCAGCAACAACAACAACAACAACAACAUCAACAGCAGCAGCAGCAGCAAUUUCAAGUAUCUCAGCAGAAUGUUAUGCAACCGCAGCAACAGUUUCAGUUGGCAGCAGUUGCUGCAGCUCAGCAGCAGCAACAACAAGCACAACAGCAGCAGCAGGCACAGCAGCUUCAAGCUGCAGCCCAGCAACAGCAUAUACUGAAGCUGCAGAUGCACCAACAGCAGAACCAGCAGCAGCAGUUGCAGCAACAACAGCAGCAGCAACUGAGAUUAGCACACAUUCAACAAAUGCAGCAGCAGCAGCAACAACAACAACAGCAACAACAACAGCAGCAAGUUCAGCAGGUCAUGCAGCAGCAGCCCAUGCAGCAGCAACAAAUGCAACAGCAGCAGCCACAGCAAGUGAUGCAGCUUCAGAUGCAGCAACAGCAGCAAGCAGCACAGGGUCAACAGCAGCUCCUUUCCGGUCAGCAGGCACAGUCCCUAGUGUCACAAGGACAGACACUCUCAGGGCAAAUCCCAUCCCAGGUUAUGUCUGUAACGCUCACACCGCAGCAGCAACAACAGCUGAAGAUGCUCCAGCAGCAGGUCCAGCGAGCUCAGCAGCAAGCACAGCAGGCUCAGCAACAAGCGCAGGCGCAGCAGGCUCAACAGCAAGCGCAAGCUCAACAGCAGGCCCAGCAGCAAGCCCAACAACAUGCACAGCAAGCAGCUCAACAAGCAGCUCAACAAGUGCAACAGCAGCAGCAGCAGGCAGCUCAGCAACAAGCAGCUCAGCAGCAGGCGGCUCAGGCUCACAUGGCAGCUGCAGGAAACCAGAUGAUCACCGCAUCUAUGACCCGAGGUGGGAUGGCAAUAAGGUCGCGGUUCCCGCCCACCACUGCAUCUGACACGCCUCCAAGCUCCACCCCUAUGGGAGGACAGCAGAUGCCACAGGUAAAUCAGGGCAGUAUCUCUUUAAUGUCGUCACCAUCACCUGUACAGCAGGUACAGACUCCACAGUCUAUGCCGCCUCCUCCGCAACCUUCCCCACAGCCCUCACAGCCAAUGUCUCAGCCUAACUCCAAUGUCAGUUCUGGCACAGCUCCCUCCCCAAGCUUCAUGCCUAGUCCAUCACCACAACCUUCACAGAGCCCAGCUUCUGCCCGCACCCCUCAGAAUUUCAGUGUGCCUUCUCCAGGACCUCUCAAUACUCCAGGUAAUCCUAACUCUGUGAUGAGCCCUGCAAGCUCCAACCAGUCAGAGGAACAACAGUAUCUUGAAAAACUAAAACAGCUAUCCAAGUACAUAGAGCCUUUGAGACGCAUGAUCAACAAGAUUGAUAAAAAUGAAGAUCGUAAGAAAGAUCUCAGUAAAAUGAAGAGUCUCUUGGAUAUUCUGACUGAUCCAUCAAAGAGAUGUCCCCUGAAGACUUUGCAAAAAUGUGAGAUUGCUCUGGAGAAGCUGAAGAAUGACAUGGCUGUGCCAACUCCUCCUCCCCCAACUGUUCCAUCCACAAAGCAGCAGUAUCUGUGUCAACCACUAUUGGAUGCCGUCCUGGCGAAUAUCCGAUCCCCUGUAUUUAACCACUCUUUGUAUCGAACAUUUGUACCAGCCAUGACUGCUAUACAUGGGCAGCCUAUAACAGCUCAAACGGUUGUUCCUCGAAAGAGAAAGUUUGAAGAUGAUGAAAGACAGAGUAUUCCCAAUGUUCUUCAGGGUGAGGUUGCGAAACUACACUCCAUAUUCCUGGUUAACCUGGAUCCAUCGCAUUGCAGUAAUAAUGGAACAGUGCAUCUUAUUUGCAAGUUAGAUGACAAAAACCUCCCAAGUGUACCUCCUCUGCAGCUGAGUGUGCCAGCCGAUUAUCCUGAGCAGAGCCCCCUUUGGAUGGACAAUCCACGGCAAUAUGAAGCCAACCCAUUCCUGCAGUCCGUGUAUCGCUAUAUGACAUCCAAACUCCUUCAGCUUCCUGACAAACACUCUCUUACAGCCCUGCUAACAACAUGGGCACAGAGCAUUCGGCAAGCUUGUCUCUCUGCUGCAUAGGCACAGCAUCAUCUUCACAUCUAUGCAAAGAACUGGACCAGUAAUGUAUUUCCAUGGGGCCAGUAAAUGGAAGUGCUUGAGAAGUAUUGUACUCCUGCAUGACAGCCGCUACCGAUUUAUCAGCUGGUAUAAUACUGGUGGCUUUUUAAUCAGCCAGCUAUGGUAUAUAUACGGUGUAGAACUCGACAGAUGUUAAGAGUUCAAUACCUUUUUUUUCUUUGCAGCUCUGAACCUUGUCAGCAUGAGUACACUAAUGACACAGUGACUACCAUGCCCCUUGUGAUGGUGCUCUCUGAAUGGAGAGCUUUGUGAUGCACAUGCAUGUAACCUAGUAAUAACAUGUAUGCGAGUUAAUGCUUGAUGUGAUCAGGCAUAUUUUGUACACAUCUUUUAAAUUGUGUUUCUUUUGUUAUAAUAAAUCAGACUGUUGCCUGCAA